AUGGAGAAUUACGACCAGUUGCGCCAGCCCGGAACUCUUUCCAAGCAGCCUUUGACCCGAACCAUCAGGGACGCAAUGACCUUUGUCAAGAGCCUGGGUGAGCGAUACUUGUGGGUUGAUACGAUGUGCAUCAUCCAAGAUGACGCUGCCAACAAAGCGAGCGCCCUAGCCCAGAUGUGCGCAAUUUACAGUUGCGCCGUGGCCACGAUAGUGGCUCUAAACGGAGACUCCGCCGACGCCGGCCUACCCGGCAUUCCGCCUACGGCCCGCAACACCACCGCAACCUUCGUCACCCCUGGACUACACAUGGUGGAGCGAUCAUCCUUGGAGAACAUGUUGGCUAAUCACACCUACGAUGGUGUAGACGUCGACUGUAUUUACAACACGCGCGCCUGGACAUUCCAAGAACGAUUACUAUCGAACCGGAGCAUAUACUUCCUUGGUGAACAGGUGUACUUUCACUGCAAGAAGCAGCUUUUGUGCGAAGAUAGAUACAUCAGCGAUGACACCAGCUUCUAUACAUUGGACAAGAUGCGCACGACAAGCGCAGAACUGAAGUCCAAGACUACUCGAGCUGGCACAUAUAGUCCACUGGACGAGUUUCGUUGGUACGAAGAAAUCAUCGCAGAGUACACCGCAAAGAAAAUGGGAUUUCCGGAUGAUAUUCUCAAUGCUUUCACUGGCAUUCAGACUAUGCUAACUCGCAUGUUCGAUUGGCCUUUUGUCGGCGGCCUCCCGACUCCCCUUCUGGAUCUCGCUUUACUUUGGACUCCAGUCACUACUAUCGAGCGGCGACUGACAGCCUCGCAACAACCAAGCUGGAGUUGGUCGGGCUGGAUCGGGCGAGUUCGAUAUGCAGAUCUUGUGCGCCCAGGCCAUAGGCCGAUAAGCUCGUUGUUUAGGCCGCUCGCGACACAUCAGCUCGCCCCGCCAGCUACGAUUGUCUUCGAAUGUAUGAGUGUCCCUCUGGGAGCGUUCGAACUCACCAAGGUUCCAAAAGGGCUUUUUGACCCAUUCCAGAGCACAUCUAGCCCCAUCACCGAAGACUCAUACUACGUCUUCGACAGCAAUAAACGUCGCUGCGGCAUGCUCAUAGGCCUUCCGCAAGAAUAUGCGCUGUCCAUCGCCAGUGGAGACCUGAAGCUCCUCGCGCUUUCGGCUUGGAAGUCGAAUAAUAGCCUCACUAAGAACGGGUCGGUCAUCUCUCAUCUCUCGGAUAAUGGAUAUUUCUCAGACGAAGAGGUGUACGAUCAAGCUUUCCGCGAUGCAGAGUGGUGUACAUACAACGUCAUGCUCGUUCGCUUGGUAGGCGACGCGUGUGAGAGGGUUGCAGUGGGACAGAUGCACGUAGACGCGUGGCAUGGAGCGGGUGAGACGCGGGGAAGGUUCGCGGUGAAUUAA